UGGACUUGCGAUAACAGGCGGAGAAAGAUUGGGCAACUUGAUUCUUCUAGACUCUUUACUGUAACCAGCCAGUGUUCUUCCAUGACGCCCAGGCAACCCGCCAGAAACAAGGAUGGCCUAACCUAGCCCACGGGGCGCGGCGUCACCAUGUUAAAGAAAUUCUUGGUCUAUAAAGGAGACAUUCUGGUUUAUCUCCAAACAUUAUACAUUUUUAGGUGGAAGAACGGAGCUGGUAGAGACCAAUCAAUUAUACCAUAAAUGAACAAUGGCGCCGACGAAUGAGAGACAUAUGAACGACACCUCUAGUAAGGCCCCAGCGAGCCCUGCGGAGCCCAAGGGGAAGCGGCCCCCAGUGCUUGUGGAUGGGGUGACUCUGAACGGACCCACGCUGGACAUCCGGGAAGCAGAGAGCUUCCUCAGAGACGCCAUGCCCAUCAUCAUGGAGGAGGCCGUCUGGAAGGCUACUGACGUCAAGGAGAAGGUGUGCGAGUGGCGUUCUCCGGAGCAGCUGAAGGACCUAUUAGACCUGGAGCUGAGGGAAGGAGGCGAGGCACACCCCCAGAUACUGCAGCGCUGUCGGGAUGCCAUCCGAUACAGUGUCAAGACCGGUAAGGACCCAGCUCAACCCUGACUUAAACUCUAACCC